CUCUUGUUGAUGCUCCGGACAUGGUGAGGAGCCAGAUGAAUUUUAAGAGACUUUCACUCACAGAUAUCAAAAUUGACAUUAGUAGAAUUCCAAAGAAGAAGACUCUCAUUGCUGCUAUGGAAGCUGCUGAUGUGAAGAACAAAUGGGAGAGCAGUUCCUGGGGAAGAAAGUUGAUAGUUCAGAAGAGGAGGGCCUCACUUAAUGAUUUUGACAGGUUCAAGCUUAUGCUGGCAAAGAUAAAGAGGGCUGGAGUCGUGAGACAGGAACUUGCUAAGCUGAAGAAAGAGACUGCUUGAGAACUCAUUGAUUAGUGAAAAUUGAAAAUUUAGAUUUUUGAAAGUUGUACUUGUUUUGACUUUUGAGAGUUUGAUACAUAGCAUAUUCUGGUUUUUACUUCCAUAGUCUUUCAAUACAUUUAAGGGAACAACUCAGCUUAUUAUCUUUUUGUUGCAUGGAAGGAAUUAUCUUUUUGUUGCAAGGAUUA